UGGAGUGACUACCUCUCUGGGUCGUGGACUUGUUGCACGCAAAGCUCUUUGGCCACCUCUCCAAAGGGGCUCCUGAUUCUUUUGCUUUCGCCUUGGGACCCCUGGGGCCAUUUCGGAUGCCUGUCUUGGGGGAUCAGUUAUACGACCAUGGGUACCAAGCAGACCAAGGUCUGCCAGGCUUCCACCUCUGGAGGAGACAGCCCUCAUCACCCCCCUGGGUCUAGGAAGAACACUCCAGCCAGGGGGGACUUUUGGUCUUCUUUUGGGGUAAGAUCUGGGGAUAAAUUUGGAAAGAGUGUAACUGGCAGCCUCCCUCCUUAUGACAAGAGGGUCCGGAUGAUACAAGACUUGAUGGUUCUGGCCAGGCAAGGAAGACAAGAGGAGGCCACAGACAUGCUUAGACACCUGAGACAGGAUUUGGGGAUGGAGUCAACCUCUCUAGAUGAUGUCCUAUAUCGUUAUGCCAGCUUCCGGAACCUUGUAGAUCCUAUAACCCACGACUUAAUAAUAAGUCUUGCUAGAUAUGUGCACUGUCCCAAACCAGAAGGAGAUUCACUUGGGGCUAUGGAGAAAGUUUGCAGACAGCUGACCUACCACCUCAGCCCUCACUCGCAGUGGAGACGUCAAGGCAUAGUGAAACGGAAGCCGCAGGCCUGUCUAAAAGCUAUUCUGGCAGGAAAGCCCCACAAUGGAACUUUAGACCUGUCUGCAAUUUCUCUUACUAUGAAAGACCUAGAACGCGUAACCGUUUACCUCCAGCACAAUUCAGAACAUUUGGAAAAUGUGGAACUCUGUUUUACUGAACUCACAGAUGAAAUGUUUCUCUACCUAAUGCCUGUCCUCAGCGCUCUCCCUCACCUAUCAAAUUUGGCCCUGAAUGGAAACCGUCUGACAAAAGCAAUCUUGAGGGAAAUAACUGAAGCUUUGAAGGAUCUCAAGAAAUUUCCCUGCAUUACUUGGAUUGACCUUGGCAAUAAUGUUGACAUCUUCUCCUUACCACAACCUUUUCUGGUUAGCCUCAAAAGGCGCUGUCCCAAACAGGGGAAUUUGCCUACUAUUCUUGAGUUUGGAGAGGGUCAGCUUAGUGACCUUGAAAAUCAAGAUGGGUCAGCAGAAAGUCAAGAAGAACAAAUUGGAAGUGGACUUUGGGGCAACAGUACUCAGACACAGAGUCAACUAGAUUCUUCCUAAAGUACAGCAUGGGAUCUUUGAUUGUAUGAGUGUAGGAUAUUGUCAAAAAAUUAUUUAUCACAGGAGCCAAGCUGAAUGUGUCUCACCUCCUGGGUGAUUACUCCAGGAUGAUUAAUAUAAAUACUUUGUCUCUGUAUGAGCCUUCAACUUGUUUCCUUUUACUCUUUCAUCCAAUUCUUUGGCCUAAGGAUAAUAAUCAUCUAUUGUUCUUCGUGUAUUGUCCUAACAAUUUUAUAAAUGUAUAGUAUUCUUUCAAAAAUCUCUUACGGGGGCAUUGAAAUUGGAAACCGCACAUUCAAAAUAUUUACUGAUACAGUAAGUAUUGCAAACAUAUAUUAUAAAAUAUGUUUUAUAUUCCAGGGUCUUGUUGAAUGUAUGCCUGUGUCUACUAUAGUGAGUAGAAAUAGCUGAUUAUAUUCAGUGGCCCAUAGCUGACAAA